ACCAGACUGGCAAGAACCCAUCCAAGCGUCGCUGUUGAACAACCAGACUCUGUAUACGGCCCCGCUACCGGGGUCUGGAAUAAUUUUAACGUUCAUUCUGAACAUUUUAAGUAACUUCAUCGACGUCACCGAAUCGAUGUCUGUCACCACACACCAGAGGAUCGUGGAGAGCUUCAAGUUUGGAUACGGAAAAAGGACUCUGCUGGGGGAUGCGAGGUUUCUGGAUAUCGACGAUGUGGUGGCCGAACUGACGUCAAAGGAGCACGCCGAACAGAUAAGGGAAUCUAUCUGCGACUUCCAGACUUUCCAAGAUCCUGCUUACUAUGGAGCGAAUACCACGAACGUUGAGGAUCAUGGCACCGCCCAUAUAUCGAUUUUGGCACCAAAUGGCGAUGCAGUUUCCGUCACGAGUACCAUAAACUUUCUUUUCGGCGCCGGCUUUGCGUCAGACAGCACAGGCAUAAUCCUGAACGACGAAAUGGACGACUUCGCCUCUCCCAAUAUUACCAGCGGUUUCAACAUACCACCCUCUCCA